GUUUAAUUAACUUCCAAGACCAAAACCAAAAAAAGACCAAAAGCCAUCAAAAAAAUCGAAAAAAAAAGAAAACCCAGAUCCAAAAAACCUCAAGAACCAAAAUAAAAUGACUGAAACAUUGAAGAACAAGUACCAAGUAUGUGAAGAGAUCGGAAGAGGGCGGUUUGGAACAAUAUCUCGGGUGUUUUGUCCUAUAACCGAAGCCUCAUUCGCCUGUAAAUCCGUUGACAAACGCCUUCUUACAGACCCCAUUGACCGAGAAUGUCUAGAAAACGAGGCUAAGAUCAUGACCCUUUUGGCUCCAAACUCUAACAUCGUACAAAUCCACGACAUGUUCGAAUCCGAAGACACCCUUCAGCUCAUCCUCGAACUUUGCCAGCCUUACACUCUUUAUGAGCAGAUUUUACAACCAGAUUUGUCUGAAUCCAAAGCUGCUUCUUACAUGCAACAGAUUAUGUCAGGUUUAGCUCAUUGUCACAGGUUUGGGAUUGUUCAUAGAGAUAUUAAACCUGAUAACAUUUUUUUUGACUUUAGAAGUAAGUUAAAGAUAGGUGAUUUUGGUUCUGCUACAUGGUUAGGGGAGCUUGGCUCGGUCGAUGGGGUGGUCGGGACGCCGUAUUAUGUUGCUCCGGAAGUUGUGAUGGGCAGAGCAUACAAUGAGAAGGUUGAUGUUUGGAGUGCUGGUGUCGUUUUGUAUGUUAUGUUGGCUGGUGUUACACCGUUUUAUGGUGAGACAGCUGAGGAGAUUUUUGAGGCUGUUUUGAGAGGGAAUUUGAGGUUUCCUACAAGGAUUUUCAGGUCAGUUUCUGCCGAGGCUAAGGACUUAUUGAGGAAGAUGAUUUGCAGAGAUGUUUCUAAAAGAUGGUCUGCAGAACAAGUUUUGAGGCACCCCUGGAUCUUGAAUGGAGGGGAAACAACUUCAAUGGACUGAAUUUAACAUUGAAAAAAGCUGGAAAUUAUCAGUCAAAAGCAAAGCAUAAUAGCUUAUCAAUGUAAAUAUUUAGGACCGCCUAUCAAAAUCCCUUAAGAGGACGGGUCACCAGCUUUUCUUCUCAACAAAGUAAAAGUCAAACCAGAAACUGCAUGAUGGAUACUUCCACAGAAUCAAGUUUUCCAAUGCCACGGAAGUCACAUAGAGAACAGAGUUUCUUCACAUGGGGCUCAACCACUAUGAACCUACCAGUCAUUUUUAGUACUUUUUUGGGUUUUUUUUUAAUGUUUUAAGAAGGAAGCAAGAGAGUGUACAUAGAUAAACAGUAGGUUGAGAAUCUUUCUUGUCUGUCUUUCCCCACCUGUACUUUUCUUUUUGUUAAUGAAAGUAUGUAAAGAAGUGAGAAAGCCUUGAAAACAAGUUGUCGUUGUUGUUG